UAUUUACAGAUAGAAAUAUUUAUUCUUUAAUUUAUUUAAAUAUCUUCCAAAUAUUGCAAUGAAGGCAGGGGAUCCGGAUUUAAAAGAUGUUUUCUUAAAGUAUGCAAGUGUUGAGAAAGAUGGGGAGCAUUACAUGACGAGGGAAGAUUUUGUUGUUAAAUUCUUACUAAUGAUGCAAUAUGGAAACAGAAGUCUGGAAACGUUAAAUUUAGUUGGAGGAGUGGCGGACACAACAAAUGAUGGUCUCAUAUCUUGGCCGGAAUUUCAAGCGUUCGAAUCCAUCCUUAGCCUUCCUGAUUCUCUCUAUCAAGUCGCCUUCUCACUGUUCGAUGUCAAUUGCAAUGGAAGCAUCAAUUUUACGGAAGUUGAAGAAAUCUUCAGCAAGACAGAAUGUCAUCGACACAUACCUUUCACCUGGGACUGUAAAUUUGUGAAAUUACAUUUCGGACGGAAUUUGGACAAAGCGUUGAAUUAUGCAGAAUUCACACAGUUUUUACAGGAACUUCAAAUCGAACAUGCACUUCAAGCGUUUGAGCGCUUCGACGUCCGCAAGGAGGGAGCGAUAUCUGCUCUUGCGUUCAGAGACAUCAUGGAGACGAUACGACCUCAUUUAUUGACCGAUUUUGUCAAAGAAAACUUAAUUGCGGUUGUCAAAAGUAUGGGAAUGCAGACAGUCAGUUUCACAUUUUUUCAAGCGUUCAAUAAUUUAUUAAAAAAUAUGGAACUUGUCAAGAAAAUAUAUCAAACCAGCGCUGGAAGUCAUGAAGAACAAGAGGUCACUAAAGAGGAAUUCAUAAUCGCUGCACAAAGAGUCAGUAGAAUAACACCACUAGAGGCCGAUAUACUGUUUCAUUUGGCCUCCCUCCUCGGUCAUCGACACGGAAAAAUAACAAUGAAAGAACUGGACCAGAUCGGAGCACUAGAAGAAGGGUCAAUGCCUUACAAUAUAGUGGCCCAACAAGAGGUACUGGAACACCACCGACCUUUCUACGUUGCUAUAAUUGAGAAUGCUUACAGAUUCACUCUUGGUGUUGUAGCAGGAGCCUGUGGAGCAACUGCAGUUUAUCCGAUUGACCUUGUGAAGACACGACUUCAGAAUCAGAGGUCAUCGGGGUCAUACGUUGGGGAAUUGAUGUACAGAAACAGUUUUGAUUGUUUUUCUAAGGUUAUUCGUCACGAAGGAUUCUUCGGAUUGUAUAGAGGUUUAAUUCCACAACUGAUCGGAGUUGGCCCGGAGAAAGCCAUCAAACUUACGAUGAAUGAUUUUGUUCGAGAUCAACUUCGUAACGAUGGAAAAGUCCCACUGUGGGGUGAAAUUGCAGCCGGUGGAUGCGCCGGAGCUUCUCAAGUCAUGUUCACCAAUCCGUUAGAAAUCGUUAAAAUACGCCUCCAAGUGGCGGGAGAAAUCGCCAGCGGUCCAAAGGUUUCUGCAUUUUCUGUGAUGAAAGAAUUGGGAUUAACUGGACUAUAUAAGGGUUCGAGAGCUUGUCUCCUACGCGAUAUCCCAUUCUCAGCGAUCUACUUCACGGCUUAUGCUCACAUGAAAUCUUCUUUUGCGAGUGAGGACGGCCAUGUCAGCCCUGGAAAACUUUUGCUUGCUGGAACUAUUGCAGGUGCCCCGGCAGCUUCUCUCACCACCCCGGCUGAUGUUGUUAAAACAAGGUUGCAAGUCAAAGUAAGAGAAGGGGAAGUCCCUUACAAAAGCAUGAUAGACUGCUUUAAAAGGGUCUACAAAGAAGAAGGAUUUAUGGCGUUCUGGAAAGGAGCUCCAGCUCGUGUGUUUCGUUCUUCCCCCCAGUUUGGCGUCACAUUGUUGACGUAUGAAUUGCUACAGAGGGUAUUUGAUGUCGAUUUCGGAGGAAGCAAGCCCAUUGGUUCACAGCACAAACCAAAGUACGUCCACGUUUCCGAUUUGCCACCAAUCAGUCCAGACCACAUCGGAGGUUACAGACUUGCCGCUGCAACAUUCGCUGGAGUGGAACGAAAAUUCGGACUUGCAUUGCCACGAUUUCAGCCAACUACGCCGAACAAAACUGCCUCGUAAAUCCCCCCCCCCUUUUAAAAAAUUUCAAUUGUGUAUUCCACUGCAUUAUUAUUGAAAUUCUAGUAAAUUUGUUUUUUUUUGUGUGCAUGCAAGUCAGUGUUUUGCCAUUGCCGGCCUAUAUUCUUACAGAGCCUAGAGCUUGUGAGAGAAUAGUGGCCACAAUAAUGCCAAGAAUAGGUGAACAAUACAAUACAAACACUUUUAUUGUGCAAAGACCAGUAUUUGCCAUUUAUCAACCCAACCUAGGCUAACAGAAUCCGCAUUCAAUUUUUAGUUUCAUAUGAUGCCAAAAUUGUUAGCAUAUAUUCCAGACCGAAAAGAUAGAAAGCCAAUUAACAUUUUAGACUAGCCAAGCACAUCAUUAACAAUAUGUCAAAACAAUUUUCUGGUUAAUUUUAUGACGAGACAACACCAAAUGCGAUUUCUUGAUUACUUUCCGAAUGCGAUGCGGGCCACAUCCGGUUCGACCACUCUGGUCUAAAGCCUUGUUUAGAGUAAAUUAUUAAAACAUGCGACUCCUCUCACUUCUAUUCGAGUGUUUACCAUGUUAUUCAGAUAUUGCCCACUACACUUAAUCAUGUACUAUAAAAUCUAAUUUUUUUUUGUUCGAUUUUUGAAAAAAAAUUAUAUUUGUUAAAAACUAUUUAUUACAAUUUAUGCCUUUUUGGAGAUUUCAAGCUGUAUUGCUUCAUUAGUCAAAUGCAUAUAGUACGAGCUAUAAAGUUCCAAGACUUCCUCGCAAGGUAUUUUGUAUAGCCUGCCAUAAUGUAACACAAUUAUUCUGUAUUUAUAGCAGCUUUUGCUCUGUUCAUUGCACAUGAAUGAGUCUCCUUCACUUCUUAGCGAAUGCCCAUAACGGCGCUCCAGAAAUAUGUGUACCAAUAUGGAGGUAAUUAAUUUUGUUCGCCUAUUUUACAUCAAGUUGUGUUAAGGGAUUAAAACCUAUGGGCAGGAGGGGGUAUAUUCACUUAGCUAACACAGGCAGUCCCCGAACUUGUAAUAGAGCCGAAAGGAGGAAAAUCGGAAUAAAAUUAUGGCCUAAAGUACCCUCGUGACUCCUCAGAAAUGAGUCUUUCACUUCUGAGUGAGUGCAUGUAACUUAGAGAUGAGUCUCCUUUACCUCUGAGUGAGUGCCCGUGACUUUACUCGGAGAUGAAUGAGUCUCUUACGUCUAAGUCUACAAUCACACCUUUGAGAGAGUUCUAGCGUCGGUGCAUAAAAAUCCUAUUUAAUCAAUUACCGUAAUUAUGGCAAAUUCUAUUUCUUUUUCUCUUUGUCUUCAGAAUAUAAAUAC